CCCGCCGUUCUUGACGAGGAAAUCAAACAGUGGACCAACGUUAAUGGUAUUUCGAACACCCCAACUACUACCUCCCAGAACACCCCCAUAUCUGGAUACACGAAGACGGUCUAUGGGAGUGGACAGGUCGAGGCUUACCGUGCUUCCGGUGUCGGCCACGGUAUUCCUUGGCGUGAGACUGAUACUCUGUCAUUCUUCGGCCUCUGAUCUCAUACUCUGUGCAAAGUACACAGAUAGUAAACAGUAG